CACCAGGAGCUCCGGGAAUUUCCCUGGCCCGGGGGCUCCCGCUUUUCCCGCCCCGAACGGGCAUAAAAGGGGUUCUCCGAUCGCAGCGAGCCACAGAGCCCGGACGGCCACACCAGCCACAGCUGCCUCGCUCCAGAUACCCCCGCCGCCGCCACCUGCCGCCGAGUCCCAUGGCCCCCGCCGCGUGCCCCGCCGCGUCCCGCUUUCCCCGGCUCCUGCGGACCGCGCUGCUGCUGCUGCUGCUGCUGGCCGCCAGCCGGCGCGCAGCAGGGGCGCCCGCGCUCACCGAGCUGCGCUGCCAGUGUCUGCAGACCGUGCAGGGCAUUCACCUCAAGAGCAUCCAGAGCCUGAAGGUGCUGUCGCCGGGCCCGCACUGCGCCCAGACCGAAGUCAUAGCCACGCUCAAGUCCGGGCAGGAAGCUUGUCUCAACCCCGCCUCCCCCAUGGUGAAGAAACUCCUGCAGAAGAUGCUCAGCAAAAGCAACACCAGCUGACCUAGAGAAAAGCAGGAAGCUUAUCCCACAUUGAACCCAGGGACAUCCUAAAAGGAAUCAGUGACAGAAGUGAAACAGAGCGCUCCUGGGCACAGCUGCAUUGGACUUAAUGUUGACUGUUUGUUAUGGCUGAUGCACUAUUUAUUGACAUAUGUAUUUAUUUAUUUUUCAAAGCUUAUGUAUUAAUGAUUAUGAUAUUUAAAGAUAUGAAUGUGUUUGGUAGUUCACUGUAUUGUUAUUUUAAAAUACCAUAUUUUCUGUUAAAUCAAGUAGUAGAGUCUGGACUAUUUAGUUUGAAUAUUAUGAGUUUUAAGUGUUGUUUUUCAUUAAGCUUUUUUUGGAGGAGGCAAAAUAAUGAGACCACAGCUUUGCCAAUAACUAUGUUAGAAGCUGGGGACAAAGUGAAUCCUCCAAACAUACACAGGGACCAUCGGAUCACUGUUCAGGCAGGGGAAUGGGUGUGCACAUCUAUUUUUGUAACUAUUUAGAAGAAUGUCAGCUGUUAUUUAUUACAAGAUUUUCAUAGUAUGUGGUCAACAUUUCUGAUGUUGAAUUUUUUUGAGAACUACAGUGUUCUUUUUAUCCGUUGGACAUUUUAUGUCUUCUUUGUAAGGCACAAUGCCUUGGUUAGCAUUAAUCAUGCAAUGCUUCUUGGGGUCUUGGAAUAAAGUUGUUUAUUUAUGGAUGUAUUUUUACUAAUAACAUGAAAAUAAAGCUUUAACAAAAGUG